GUGUGUUGAGACCACCGCUGUUCUGAAUGACCACUGCCCCUACACUAAUACCACAGGCAUGUCGAUGCUACCAUCGGAGUCCCCUUGGCGUCAGUUCCGGAACCUCGACGACAAAGCCUGCGUGGACCGCAUGCGCGACAUAUGCGCUCUGCUGGGUGCGGGGGACACGGCGCAUCUCAUCGUGGACGCGCUACUCGACAUCUUCUACGAAAAGCGGGACAGCGAGCCGCUGUGCAUCAUGAACUGGAUGGCUGCAGCGCCAAAUUCUGAUCGCGCCAUAUCUCGGCGUUUGAUAAGCACGUACAUCGAGGAGAAGGUGUGGUACCUGCCCGUAGAACUGAGAGUCGACACGCCCGCUACGGUCGACGAGACGUGUGACGUCACGGUGUACAACCCUCGCGCCUGGACUAAGGACAAUGUUCCAGGUUUGUUUGAAGGUGCCACAGAAGUCCGUUAUACUGACAUCAGCUACCAAACUCCGCGUGUCCGCGAAUCCAACCCGCAUGCUUGCCGUACACCAGCGCAGGCCCGGCAAAACAUGAUCCUCAUGUGUCUACUCACUGAGGGUGUGGGAAUGAUGGCCCGGAGACUGGGGGAGGAGUUCCAACCGUACCUCAUGAGGACACUGUGUCUCGUAUUAGAGAGGGUAGGAAGCCGAUACGAAUUACUUCACCUGGCUGGAUUAAAGGCCCUGGACGAUAUAUCUGCUUCAGGCGGUCAUGGAUCAAUCGCGGAGCUGAUCGCGAAAAACGCUGACUACAUCACCAACCAGAUCACCAGGCGAAUUAAGAAGGCUUGGAAUACGAAGUCAGCUCUGGAGAUCCUGUCCGUGGUGAUUGAUUUCAGCGACGCUGCUAUACUGGACUAUCUGUAUGCGAUCAUUGGCGAUCUAUUGAGUCAGUGCUGUGAGUUACACGCCCAGAACUACCUAUACACGUACCUGCAAGUGUUUGACGUCUUCGUGCUCCGACUGGGUCGGUGGUUCCCACAGACGGAGAUACAAACAGAAGCACAAUCCAACAUUGAUAUACUCAGUGACUUGAUGCAGUAUAUCAAGAACGAGGAAGAAAUUGAGAGGCUGUUGAAGGAAGAGGAAGGCAAGACUGCGGAGGAGAUGUAUACAGAAGAUGUGGCGAAGAAAGACGUUGCUACGGAUGGCGAUGAAACAGUCACAAAGGACGCCCCUCCCCUCCCGUGGCACGUAGAAGCGGCUAAAUCGAUAAUCCAGCGGUGCGUGCACUUCAUACACAGCGAGAAGCGGGACGUGGCCGUGUUUAGCAUGCAGGUGGUGGGAGAUGCACUGCCCCUCCUGGAAGGUCACGACGACGAGCUGCUGCCGCUGGUGCACCAGCUCUGGUCGCCGCUGGUGGAGCGGCUCAUGGCUGACGACCACGUCGUGAAGCGGCACGCCAUAGAGCUGCUCGUCACCAUGGCACAUCACGCCAAAGACUUUCUGAGAGCGAGGGCGACCAAGGAUGUUUUGCAGCCCCUGUAUAAAAUCUUGGCCCGUCUCUCCAAUGAAAGUCGACGGAAGGACAAGGGCUCCUCGUACAGGUGGUCACCGGACUUCUCGCUACAGAUGACUGCGAUGACUCACCUACCCGCGCUGGUGGAGGACUUGGCUCUGAACGACAUCGGCGUGGAAAGCGCCAUGUGUUGCGCACACGAGUACUUGUCCAAGGAUCAACCCCGACCGCUGCAGGAGCUGGCGGUUGUGUUCUUCCAACGGAUGUUGGUAUACCGUCGCGGCGCCUGCUGGUUGUUUCUGCGGCGACUCUGUCAGAACGAGUUGGAGGCGGUGCCCCCCGCCCGGGCCCCUCUCUCACUCGCGACUGUUAUAUGCGUGCCGCACCAGGCGCCCGUCGAAUUCGACAGCAAUGUUAAAGCCAUAUUCGGUAUUAAAAGUUAAAUGCAUUAAUUGA